ACAACUAAGAACAUUCACAUGAUUUUAUCUCUUUAUUUUGCCAUUGAAGAAAUCAAUGGAAACCCUCAUGUUUUGCCCAAUAUUUCCCUACUAGUUAAAGUUGAAUGUAAACUUUUGUCUGAUCGAGGUAAAAUCAGUUUAUCCUCAAAAAGGGGUGAUUAUUUUCCUAACUACCACUGUAGAAACCAGAGGAAAUACUUAGUGAUACUUACAGGACCAAUGUGGUUGCCAUCUGCCAUGCUUGGACCAAUCCUGUACAUUUCCAGAAUUCCAGAGCUCUACUAUGGGCCAUUUCAUCCUCUCCUGAGUAACCAUGAACACUUUCCUUUUCUGUACCAGAUGGGUAUCAAGGAUACAUCUGUGGCUGCUGCCAUGGUAUCUUUGGUGAUCUAUUUCAGCUGGCAGUGGGUGGGACUGAUCAUUUCAGAUGAUGACCUAGGACUUCAAUUUGCCUCUGAAUUGAGAGAAGAAAUGCAAAGAAGUGGCAUCUGUUUAGCAUUUGUAACUAUUAUCACAUAUGACAUAAAAUUAUUCUUUAAAAAUAUUUAUGUAUAUUACAAUCAGAUCAUGAUGUCUACAACAAAAGUUGUUGUCAUAUAUGGAGACAAAGACUCUCAUCUGCAAGUGAACUUAAGACUAUGGCAGUCUGUAAACAUUCAGAGAAUCUGGGUCACUACCUCACAAUGGGAUAUGAUUACAAGUAAUGGAAAAUUGCUCUUCAACUCCUUACAUGGGACUCUCAGCUUUUCACAUCAUUAUUCUGAGAUAGCUGGCUUUAAAAAAUUUAUUCAGACAGUGAACCCUUCAAACUACAGUAAUACUGUUUCUCUUGCUAAAUUGUGGUGGCUAUAUUUUAAUUGUUCUUUGUCAUCAUCUAAUUGUAAGAAACUGAAAAAUUGUUCAGAAAAAAUGCUACCAGAGUGGUUAUCCCGGUACCAGUUUGAAAUGUCCAUGAGUGACACAAGUUACAAUCUAUACAAUGCUGUGUAUGCUGUGGCCCAUUCACUCCAUGAGUUACUUUUGCAGCAAGUAGAUACAUGGUCAAAGAAUACUGGGAAGGGACUGGAAUUUGACUCCUUGCAGGUUGUCCCUUUCCUGAAGAACAUCCAAUUUGUAAAUCCUGCUGGAGACUUAGUGAACAUGAAUAAGAAAGCCAACCUGGAUACAGAGUAUGACAUUUUCUUCACUGGAAAUUUUCUACAAAGUUUUGGACUUAAGGUGAAAAUAGGCAAGUUUUCCCAAUACUUGCCACAUCUACAACAAUUGCAUAUGUCUGAUGAAAUGAUAGAGUGGGCUACAGAUAUUAGACAGACUCCACCUUCAAUAUGCAGUACAUCUUGCAGUCCAGGAUUUAGAAAAUCCCUUCAAGAUGGACAGGCUGUCUGUUGCUUUGACUGUACCCCCUGUCCAGAGAAUGAAAUUUCCAACAUGACAGACAUGGAUUAUUGCUUGAAGUGUCCAGAUGAUCAAUAUGCCAAUACAGAAGGAACUCACUGCCUUUCAAAAAUUGUGACAUUUCUGUCUUAUGAAGAUCCCAUAGGGUUGGCUCUGGCCUGUUUGGCUCUGUGCUUUUCUGCUUUUGCAGCUGCUAUAUUUGGUGUCUUUUUGAGGAACCAAAACACUCCUAUUGUCAAGGCCAAUAACAGAGCUCUCAGCUACUGCCUGCUGCUGUCACUCAUCUGUUGUUGUCUCUGUUCCUUGCUUUUCAUUGGAGAACCACAUAGAGCCACAUGCAUCAUGCAGCAGACCAUAUUUGCAGUUGUGUUUACUGUUGCUGUCUCUACUGUCUUGACCAAGACAAUUACAGUAGUACUUGCCUUCAAGGUCACUGUUCCAGAUAAAAUGAUGAGGUGGCUGCUAAUAUCAGGGACAUCUAAUUUGAUCAUUCCAAUAUGCACCAUGAUUCAACUGAUCCUCUGUGGAAUCUGGGUGGGUACUUCUCCUCCAUUUGUUGAUGCUGAUGGGCAUGUUGAGCAUGGCCAUAUUUUGAUUAUUUGCAACAAAGGUUCAGUUAUGGCCUUUUACUCUGUCCUGGGAUACUUGGGUUCUAUUGCUCUAGCAAGUUUCACUGUAGCUUUCUUUGCCAGGAAUUUGCCUGACACAUUUAAUGAAGCCAAGUUCCUAACAUUUAGCAUGCUGGUGUUCUGUAGUGUCUGGAUCACCUUCCUUCCUGUAUACCAUAGCACCAAGGGCAAGGCUAUGGUGGCAGUGGAGGUGUUCUGUAUCUUGGCCUCCAGUGCAGGGGUACUUCUUUGCAUCUUUGCUCCAAAAUGCUAUAUUAUUUUGUUAAAACCUGAGAGAAAUUCUUUUCACAAGUUUAGGGACACACAUGCUAAAUAA